AGAUACCCGUACCCUGACAAUCAUGAUCAACGAGACACAGACGCCACUGUACACAGUCGUACCUGUGCCCCUUUUGGACUCAACGACAGGAUUAACGGAUAUCGUCGCUCGACUGAGCUUGUGUUUCCAGGAGCGACUAGAUGUGGAGAAGCUCCGUAAGGCGUGGUACAAAGUCUCAUCGGCUUGGCCAAUUCUCAAUGCUCGUGUCCGAGAGUCAUCAGAGUCGCCGAGUGGCCUUGCGUAUCACGUCCCCACGCCAGCAGGAAUGGUACAACUGGAGUCGGAUCCUGAUCAUCGCAAGAGGCAGUUCUUUGCUCUGAACAUGUCCACGCGAAGCAUGGAUGAGUUCAGUCCCUCUGCUAAACGCUUGAUGUCUGAACAUGACAGCAUCAGAGUGCAGCCGGCUCCAAGUGACAGCGCCAGUGACUUCUACGCCGGUCAAAAUGCACCCAAGACCUUCCAAGACACUUUACAAAGCUCGGUCGGCGUGCUGACUGUUCAGGCGACCACCUUUCGAGACGGCACCGUUCUCUCUAUGAGUAUGCUGCAUGUACUCGGGGAUGGCUUUUGUAUCAAGGACAUACUCGAAGCGUGGACCUCGGCUCUGAAGGGCGGGACUCCCAAACCUAUGUACGACUUCGGCAUGGACAUUUUCGCGCCCUACGCUCCGGGAGGUGCCCUGUCUAGCUUGUCAGCCGAGGAGGUCAAAUUAGGAAAAGACCCUCCGCCGCCGCAAGGCUACUACGUCUACAACUGGAGGGACAAAGCUUCGUUCUUGAUGAGAUACUGGUACGAUUCGCACUUCACUGCACCUGAGACUGACAUGGAGGCAAGGUGCAUUUGUAUUCCGCAUCACAUCGUAGCCAAGCUUCAGCAAGAGGCAGCCAAUGAUCUGAAGGAUGAACCGGAGGCAAGCGUAGGGAAGUCAGACGUGCUUUAUGCUUGGCUGUUGAAACGAUGCUUCGCUGGCUUUGCGCAGUCGCGGCAAGUCAAUCCCCUGACAAUCGUCAAUCUCAGGGGUCGCACCCCCGAUACACGGGUGGAGAACAAAGACACUGGGCGCUCUAGUGCCGCUCCUAAAUGGCCAAAGCACGAUUUUAUAAAUGCUGCUUUGCCAACGCCUCUUGGAGAUCUUCAGGUCCAAGAGAUCCGCAAUAUGCCGCUGGGUCGCUUGGCGCUACAGAUUCGGCGAAAAGUGGCUAGCGGAGCUGAUUCAGAGAAUGCUCGCGCCCUGUUGGCUUUUACACUCCAUCACGGACUGUGGAAGAAUCGGACGACCAACAAGGUGGCCAUGUUCUCCCGACCAGAAUCUACAUGGCUUGCACUGACCGACUGGAGGGCACUCAAGUUUGCUUCUUUCGAUUGGUCCGGCGCCCUGCCGAAUAGCACGCACUCAGAGCCCAACAUCCCUGUCAGACCCAGCAUGCUCCACUCGACGAUGCGGACGCCUUUCUCUCGGCGGCAGCGGUUCGCCCUGAUGGGCGAAGUAAAGUCUGGAGUUCUUCUUGGCGGCAUACUGGCAAAAAGACAGUGGAAGGAUGUCGAUCACGGAUUUGGAGCGUACAUCGGAGCGGAGGGGAAAUAUGACGCUACUUCGCCUGUCAGCGCUCGUCUCUAAGCCAUUGACAAUGCAAAAGCG